GAUUGUAUACACCUGUGUCCAUGGAGGGGAUUGGAAACACCUGAAUCACAUGAUAUGGAGGGGAUUGGAACACGAUGAAUCACAUGAUAUGGAGGGGAUUGAAACAUCUGAAAUCACAUGAUAUGGAGGGGAUUGGAACACCUGAAUCAACAUGAUAUGGAGGGGAUUGGAACACCUGAAUCACAUGAUAUGGAGGGGAUUGGGAACACCUGAAUCACAUGAUAUGGAGGGGAUUGGAACACCUGAAUCACAUGAUAUGGAGGGAUUGGAAACACCUGAAUCACAUGAUAUGGAGGGGAUUGGAACACCUGAAUCACAUGGGGGGGAUUAUGGAGGGGAUUGGAACAUCUGAAUCACAUGAUAUGGGGGGGGGGGGGGCAAUACUUUGGGCCAUAUAGUGUAUAUACAGUGAAGAA